UUCAACGAGAAGUAAUUUUUCAUUUUCUAAUUCUGACAUUGACAUCUAUGAAAUAUUAAAGUUAAAUUUUGCUUAUCAUUGCGUUUGGAAAUUUAAAUUGAUUUUAUUUUGUGUAGUUAAACUUUUCACCAAUUUUUAUACAUAAAUAAAAAUAAAAUGUUUGGAAGGCAGAGUGGGUUAUCUGGAGGAUCAGGUGGUAAUAGUCUUGUCGAAUUUAGAGCUGGGAAAAUGAAUAUGGUUGGUAAAAUGGUUCAUCCGGAUACUAGAAAAGGUUUGGUUUACCUGUCUCAAGCCGAUGAUGGAUUAAUCCAUUUUUGUUGGAAAGACAGAAAUACUGGAAAAAUCGAGGAUGAUUUGAUUGUGUUCCCUGAUGAUUUUGAGUUCAAACGUGUAGAACAAUGCAAAACGGGUCGAGUUUAUGUUUUAAAAUUCAAAACUUCCACUCGAAGAUUAUUUUUUUGGAUGCAAGAACCAAAAACAGAUAAAGAUGAUGAAUUUUGUCGCAGGGUUAAUGAAACUAUGAAUAACCCUCCUUCUGCAAAUCGCAGCAAUAGUAACGACAGUGGAGACUUACAAUACAUGCUAAAUAAUAUGUCUCAACAACAAUUAAUGCAGCUUUUUGGUGGAGUGGGUCAAAUGGGUGGUUUAAGUUCAUUAUUAGGCUCUAUGAAUCGUUCAUCAGACUCUUCUCGUUCGACAACAACACCAACAUCAAAUCGUAGCUCUUCCAAUACAAAUUCAGCAACAGGUGGAAAUAGUAAUAGCACUGCAACCCCUACAGUAACUCAAACUCCUGAAAACGCAUCAUCAGGGGUGAGAACACCCUCAGCCCCAACAAAAAAAUUUGGUACCGCUAGAGUUACUUUGCCUGAUCUUCAAAAUUAUCUUUCAGCACUUUCUCCGGAAUCUGGUUCUUCUACAUCUCGCGCACCGACUGUUGAUUUAUCAAGUGCAGUUUCAGCAAACGCGGAAGAAGUUAAUAAAGUUUUAUCAGAUCCCGACUGCGUUAAAACCCUAGUAGAACAUUUACCUGACAUUGGAACUGAUGAGCCUAUGUCUCAGCAGUUAAAAGAUACCCUUUUAUCACCGCAAUUUCAACAAGCUAUGUCAAUGUUUUCGAGUGCAUUACAAUCAGGACAACUUGGGCCUGUUUGUUCGCAGUUCAAAUUAUCACCAGAAGCAGUAGCAGCUGCAAAUACGGGAGAUUUGGAACAAUUUGUAAAAGCCCUAGAAAAAUCUGCCAAAGAAAAGGCAAAAGAAGAGGAAGAACAAAAAAAAGAAGAGGAAAAAUAAUAUCCCUUUUGCUUUUUUAAGUUGUAUGCAGUUUCAAAUACAUUUUGAUCUUUACGUUUAUCGAGAAAUUAUCUAAUAAAUAUUUAAGAAAAUAAGCUAAAAA